UGAUGAUGAUGGAAUGGACUGGACGACGACGACGAUCAUCGCAUCGAGGGAAAAUGGGUUUUCUCUUGCGGAAAAUUCUCCAUUCGUCGUCGUCGUGUGUGCGCGCGGCUCGUUCUAUCGCCGGUCGCACAUCGUGCUGUGUGCCCGGGUGCAUGUAUUAAUGGUGGCCUAUGCUCGUUGCUGCUGUUGCUGUCACUGCCUAUGCAGUUGCCAGACAAACACCAUCCACUGCACUAUGCUGUGUUGUGCUGCAGCCGUGCUGGAUGGUAGUCUUCGUCUCGAUAAUUCUCCGCGCGUGUGGUGGUCCAGGACAAACCCAACCCAACCACGGAUGUGUGUGUGUGUGUGUGUGUGUGUGUGUGUGCCUAGGCAUGUCGAAGCUACCUAUGCAAAGGGCCCGCCGGCAUACGAUCAUCCUUAUGUCCUGUUGUCAUUUUGCUGCACAUGUCGAAAAGCCGAAUGACGAGAGAGUGUGUGUACAUUGCUGUGUCCUCCUAGUGACAAUAUCAUGGAGAUCAGCCACAGACACCUCUCUCUUCUCCCAUCUCCCUCCUCUGUGGCGUAGAAGGGGAAUCUUCGAUCGCACCCGUCCAUCGUCCUGGUCCAUCUCCGGCCGGAGAGAAAAAAGACCCCCUCUGGCGCACACACGACACCCGUCCACAUACACAUACACACUCUCUCUCUCUCUCGCCAAUCAGAAAUUCACCUGUUCAUGUUUUCGUCUGAAACGCCCUAUUGUUGUUAUUAUUACUAUUCCAAGGUUAUCAUUAUUAUCAUCAUCAGUCCCACUUGUGCCAUCGCCCUAGCUUCGGACCGAACGACCGCAGGGCAGAAGAGAUGACGCUGCUGACAUGAUAUUUGGUCAUCAUCCGCUUGAUGACUCGCAUCGGGGA